UUUUUUAAGGACGAAAUUUUUUUUUUUUAGGAUUCAGUACUCAGCUUUUUGAUCACAUAUACAUUAUGGACGUUUCGUCAGCAUUAGAGGCUCAUCAAAACAAGUUCAAGUCGAUCCAAGUCGAAAAGCUUGUCCCGGUUGAAUUUGAUCUCAACCUUCUAGCUGCCUUUGAUUCAAAUGCUAUCGACGCACAGAAGCUAAGCUCUAAGAAGGAAGAGUACCUGAAGGGUUUGAACCGAGACAAUGCACAAUUGCUCUUCAACGAGAUCUUCAAGUUGCCCGUAGAAUCAACAGACGCUGGUCUUCUUGCAAAGCUUCCCUCACAAACAUACAUUCUUCCUCGUGAGAAACCACUCCCCAAGGAGAAGCCAAUGACUCGAUGGGAGAAGUUUGCAAAGACCAAGGGUAUUCAAAAGCACAAGAAGGAGCGUAUGGUGUUCGACGAAGCUACUGGAAAGUAUACUCCUACCUGGGGUUAUGCUGGUGGAAAGAAGGAUACCACCAAGGAUUGGUUGUUGGAGGUUCCUAGCAACGUUGAUCCUAUGGAGGAUCAAUAUGCUAAGAAACGUGAAGAGAAGAAGGAGCGCGUUGAUAAGAACAAGAAGCGACAAAAGAGAAACGAAGAAGAAGCAUCAGCUACCAAUAAGGGAAUGGAUCCAAGACAAGUCAAGAAGAAGCAGUUGCAGGAAGCCAUUGCUGUCACUAAGCAAUCAACUGCAAGUUACGGUCGAUUCGACAAGAAGAUUGAAGGUGAACAAAAGAUGAAGGGAAUGAAGCGUCAGUUCGCUCCCAACAUCACUGAUGGCAAGGUUGAAAAGCAAGCUACUUUGGAUAUUUUGAACAAAGUAGUUGGCAAGAAUGGCGAAGUCUUGAAUGUAACAAAGGCUGUACGACAACAUAAGAAGGCUCGCAAGUAAUCAACCACUUAUCUCUAGAUGUUUCCCUUUUUCCAAUUUUAAUCUGCACUUGUACCAUAGCAUCCAAAAUUCAAAUAUAGCAAAACGUUUUGAAAGCAGUAAAACCUGGCUUACCUCCACCAAUAUGAUAUCUGCA